AUGCCGGAAUCCGUCAAGGAGCAGCUGGUCGACCAGCUCCCCAAGCGGUUCAAGGGCAUCAAGUUUGGCAUCCAAUCGAACCAGGACAUUGUGAGUCAGGGCGUAUUGGAGGUCUCGCAGCGCAUGUUGUAUGAUAUCGAGAACAACAGAGCACCAUUGACCCAUGGCGCUCUUGACCCGCGCUUGGGUACGUCGAGCAAAUCCGGCAAAUGCAAUACCUGCUUGCAGCCACUGCAGCUCUGCGUUGGGCACUUCGGUCAUGUCAGACUGGCCCUACCUGCGUUCCAUAUCGGCUACCUACGAUUCGUCAUGAUUAUCCUUCAAAACAUCUGCAAAUGCUGCGGUCGAGUGCUCCUCACUGAACCCGAGCGACGAUCCUUCUUGAAAGAAUUGAGGCGACCUGGAAUAGACAAUCUUCGGCGGACUCAAGUAUGCAAGAAGAUCAACGAGCAGUGUAAGAAGGUCAAGGAGUGCCCUUAUUGCCAUGCAGUCAAUGGACAGAUCAGGAAGAUGGGAGUGCUUAAGCUGGCACACGACAAGUUCUCAGCUUUCAACAAGUCCACUGCUCAGAAGAAGGUCCCGCCAGAGAGCAAGAUCCUAUUCGAUGCGUCGUUCAGCGAGGCCAAGAAAUUUAACUCCGAGAUUGAAAAGCAUUUCCGCAAAGCGAUGGAGGACCUAAACCCUCUCCGGGUGCUCAACCUUUUCAAAAUGGUUAGUCCCACAGACUGCGAACUUCUCGGGCUGGACCCGGCGGAAGGCAGACCAGAGAUGUUUCUCUGGCAGUUCAUACCCGCUCCGCCGAUUUGUAUCAGACCUUCUGUCGCCCAAGACAAUGCCAGCACCGAGGACGAUCUGACGACAAAGCUCGCUGAGAUCGUCUACAUUAGCGGCUUGAUUAAGGCAGCGCUGGACAAGGGGCAACCCAUCCAGACCAUUAUGGAGCAAUGGGAGUACCUUCAACUGCAGAUCGCUAUGUAUGUCAACAGUGACGUACCUGGUCUGUCGCAGCCCGGCUUUGGCAAAACUGUCCGGGGCUUCUGCCAGAGGCUGAAGGGCAAGCAAGGUCGAUUCCGUGGCAAUCUUUCUGGAAAGCGUGUUGAUUUUUCCGGAAGAACGGUCAUUUCUCCAGAUCCCAAUCUCGGCAUUAAUCAGGUCGCUAUUCCGAUCCUAGUUGCAAAGAACUUGACCUAUCCGGAGAGAGUACAGCAAAAUAACAUUGAGAAGCUGAGGAAGUGUGUCAUCAACGGGCCUGAUGUCCAUCCUGGCGCUCAGCAAGUCAUUAAGGCCGAGGAAGGAGGCUACAAGAUGCAGUUGAAGUACGGCGAUCGACAUCAGAUUGCAAAGCACCUAGUGUAUGGUGAUAUCGUAGAGCGCCAUCUCGAAGACAACGAUAUCGUCCUUUUCAACCGACAGCCGUCCCUACACAAACUCAGUAUCAUGAGCCAUCUUGUCAAAGUACGCCCUUGGAGAACUUUCAGACUGAACGAGUGUGCCUGCACACCAUACAAUGCCGAUUUCGAUGGUGACGAGAUGAAUUUACAUGUCCCACAAACCGAGGAGGCUAGGGCUGAAGCUAUAACUCUCAUGGGAGUGAAACAUAAUCUUGCGACGCCGAAGAACGGUGAACCUAUCAUUGCUGCGACGCAGGACUUCAUCACUGCUGCAUAUCUCCUAAGUCUGAAGGACAGAUUCUAUGACCGCAAAACCUUCACCUACAUUUGUAUGCAUAUGAUGGACGGAAAGACGCAUCUUGAUUUGCCUCCUCCAACCAUUUGGAAGCCUAAAGCUUUGUGGACUGGCAAACAAGUCUUCAAUAUGCUCAUGCGACCCAACAAGUCAACAAACAUCCUCGUCAACUUGGAUGCAAAGGAGGCUAAGGAAACUCUGGUCAAGGUUGCCUACAAGGAGUGUGACAAGCUGAUCACGCAGUUCAAGGAGGGAGACCUUGAAAAAGCUGCAGGAUGCAACAUGGAACAAACUUUAGAGAAUAGGAUCUCUGGAAUUCUCAGUGGUGUUCGACGUUCUGCUGGUACAGAGUGUUACAACAACUUGAGUCGCAACAAUGCUCCACUCACUAUGGCCAAUUCCGGUUCCAAGGGCUCAGAAAUCAACGUUGCUCAGAUGGUUGCUUGCGUCGGACAGCAAAUUAUUGGCGGACAGCGUGUGCCUGAUGGCUUUCAAGACCGCAGUUUGCCACAUUUCCACAAGAAUGCUCGACAACCUCCUUCGAAAGGUUUCGUUCGUAACAGUUUUUACACUGGUCUCGUACCUACAGAGUUUCUUUUCCACGCUAUCUCAGGAAGAGAAGGCCUGGUUGAUACUGCUGUUAAGACAGCUGAGACUGGUUACAUGUCAAGACGACUUAUGAAAUCUUUAGAGGAUCUAUCGACGCGUUACGACGACACUGUGCGCACAUCGGGCGGCGGCAUCGUACAAUUCCAGUAUGGUGCUGAUAAACUUGACCCUGUCGAUAUGGAGGGUUCUGCGAGACCGGUGCAUUUCGACCGGACCUGGACUCAUGCAGAGAAUCUCACAUGGAGCAAUGAGGAUCGCGCAAUGCUUCCUGACGAGAUCACCGCCUUUUGUGAGUCCAUGCUCGAAAAGGAGCGGGAUAGAUACAAGAGACGCCAUCUAGUUGAUGGCAGGGAGCUCGACUAUGAUGACCAGACUGAUUCGGCUAUUGAUGAACACGAAAGCGCACGAGACUUCCUGAGAACAGUUCAAGACUAUGUAAACAACCGUGCAACAAAGCUUCGCAAUGCACGACUAGUCGGAGGACUGGAUCAAAGCGCAGGUGCAAUGGAUAUAGAUCCACGGCCUGAGGAUCAAGCUCAGCUUGAUCGCUGCAGCCGAAUUGCGAAGGUCUCAGAAAAGACGCUCCAGGAGUUCAUCAAGAUGUGUCUGGAGAAGUACGAAAAGGCACGUGUAGAACCCGGUCAUGCUGUUGGAGCCGUUGGAGCGCAAUCUAUUGGUGAACCCGGAACGCAGAUGACACUCAAGACUUUCCACUUUGCCGGUGUCGCCGGUAUGAGUAUUACUCAGGGUGUCCCUCGUAUCAAGGAGAUCAUCAACGCUUCGAAGACCAUCAGCACACCAGUUAUAACAUGCCCCUUGCGUAACAAGAAGGAACUUCAAGUCGCACGAAUAGUAAAGGGCCGAAUCGAGAAAACAUACCUAGAGGAUGUGUUGGCCUUCGUCGAAGAUGAAUGGGUUUCUGACAAAGGCACUAUCAUUCUGCAAAUCGAUCGGAAGUCACUGGAAGAUCUCCAGCUGGGUAUAGUUACCAGGGAUAUCGCAGAUGCCAUCUUGAAGCAGAAGAAGUUAAAGAUCGAUCCUGGGGACGUCAAUGUCGGCACGGACUUCAUCGAAAUACAUGUCCGGAACACAUGGCAAGAUGCGGCAGCACUCAAGAAACAGGCUAGAACUAAGACUGGCUCGGUGGAGGAUGCUUCUGAUUUCCUAUUACGAGUCAACCACCUCCGCCGAGUGCUUCCCACCGUGCCCAUCUCGGGUUACUCGGAAGCAACACGUGCUAUCAUCCAGACCGAUGAGCAUAAUAUGCACACUGUCCUGGUCGAGGGUUACGGCUUGCGAGCAUGCAUGAAUACCGAAGGAGUUAUUGGUACGCAGACGCGAACCAACGCUGUGAUGGAAUGCCGAGAUGUGCUCGGAAUCGAGGCCGCGCGUACGACGAUCGCCCAAGAAAUCUCCGUGGUGAUGGGAGAGAUGGGUAUCGAUCCCCGACACAUGCAGCUCCUCGCCGACGUCAUGACAUACAAGGGCGAGGUGUUGGGCAUUACACGAUUUGGUCUAUCCAAGAUGCGAGACAGUGUCCUGCAAUUGGCGUCGUUUGAGAAGACCCCAGACCACUUGUUCGAGGCGGCAGCUGGGAUGAAGACCGACCGCAUCGAAGGUGUGUCAGAGUGCAUCAUCAUGGGACAGACCAUGAGCGUGGGAACCGGAGCAUUCCAGGUCGUCAGAAAGCUAGGACUUCAUGACCACGAUCUGAAGCCUAAGCCGACGCUCUUUGAGAAUGCAUGGGGCCAAACGAUUCGGGCGAAGAAGGGGUUCAAGGCAGGCGGACAGCUUAUGACCGCGGCGGCAUAG